UUAGUCCGUGUUGUACGAGGAUGCGGGAGAAAUUGCAUAUGUUUACUCUGUACUCUGCCUAGUAUUUAACCAGGUACCAAUCAAGCAGCGGGAGCCAAGGCCCGUACUCGUCAAAUCUUCCUGCAUUGUUUUGACAGCUCAUAUAUUGUUUAUUGAGGUGGAUGUCAUGUAUAAUUAGCGAUCGAUAUGGAAACGUUUUCAAGCGGUCUUAAUACCCACUGGUACCAACACAGAACGACUAUACGUCUCUGACGUCAGACGCGAUUAACGUUUCUUAUUGGUCCCAAAUUCCCAAAGCCUGAGCUAAUUAUUGGGUCCUUUAUGUUCAUAAAGUAAAGACACAUCCUCCCCGUCCACUAGCAUGUCUGCCGCUUUUCUACUUUUCCUGCAUACAUUUUUGAAGUUCACCUAGUUCCUUUAAGUGCAAGCAUUUUCUGUCCCCUCUUUCUCUCCCUCGCCUCUUUUUUUUCCCUUUCCCCUGCAGGGAGAUGAUGGAUAGCAGGAUUCUGGAGCAUCACCAUGCUCAGUUCGGAGGUACCUUGGCCAGUAUGGUAGGAUUCCACUACCCCCUUACUCAUCACCAUGUGUACGAGCUCGCAGGGCAUCAACUGCAGUCUGCCAGCGUCCCGUUCACUAUAGACGGAUUACUCAGCGGCUCCUGCACGGCAUCUGUGGUCAAUCCGUCCACUCUGAUGCCCACGGCUUGUAACGUGAACGGGGAGAAUCAGUCCUUCAAACUGUCAGAUGUGUCGGAUCCGGAAAAGGACACCCCCGGCUGUAAACGGAGACGAACGCGGACGAAUUUCACCGGCUGGCAGUUGGAGGAACUGGAGAAAGCUUUCAACGAAAGCCAUUAUCCAGAUGUGUUCAUGAGAGAGGCGCUGGCUUUAAGGCUCGACCUGGUGGAGUCUCGGGUUCAGGUAUGGUUUCAAAACCGGAGGGCUAAAUGGCGGAAGAAAGAAAACACCAAGAAAGGUCCGGGGAGGCCAGCGCACAACUCACACCCAACCACAUGUAGCGGGGAGCCCAUGGACCCAGAGGAAAUCGCCCGGAGGGAGAUGGAAAAGAUGGAGAAAAAGAAACGAAAGCAGGAGAAAAAGCUGUUGAAAUCCCAAAACAAACUGCUUCACCCGGAGGCGGACUGUAGUAUUGCCUCGUCGGGAUCCGAGUCUGACAGCAGCCUGACCCAUUACCAAUCGGUCCGAGUGCAUGUCGAACCCGGCCAACACUCUCCAAAUGCCAACAGGGUACAGCGCGAAGCGAACUGUGAGCAAACGGGAGCGAAACUUGCCCCGCACCAAAGAAACGCUUCCCAGAAUCAUGCCAGUAGAUCGUCGGACCCCGAGUGCGAUCGGGACCAACCUCUGAGCCAUCCGUGCACGAACGGUCGUUCUUCCGACGUGACAAAGUGUGAUCAGAAAAGUAAUCCUUUCAGCGUGGAAAGUCUUCUUUCAGACACACCUCGGCGUAAAGCGCAUUACGAAUUCCCGGCCUUAGCAACCCCCAGAGCAGUUAUUGGGAAAGGACAUUUCCUACUGUACCCCAUUACCCAGCCCUUAGGUUUCAUCGUACCCCAAACUAGUGUCCGUCCACCCCUCGUCCAACCUUCAUCUCCCGCUGGGGCUGAUACAAUAACUCCAGCAACAGACCAGGGACAUUCCAUUAACCCCGGGACCAGUUCAAACUCAACGCAGACCAGCUGUCCCGGGUCAGAUUCCAGCCCCACAACGCAGAGCAUCUACGCCGGGGCAAGUCCGAACCCAACACAGACUAGCUACUCCGGAUCAACUCAGAGCGCGACGCCGGCCAGCUAUCCCGAUUCAAAUUCCAAGCAGCCAGAAUCGAGUAAACCUCAGGCCCUGGAGAGUCCAACUGAACUAAACAGACAAAGUCUCGACUCUCCCGGGCCAGUGCAAACGAACUGCCAUCGAGAGCACAUGGCAGAGUGCGAAGAUGUAGACAUGGACUGAACAUGCCUCUCGAAAGUAACAUCACAACUGCAAAGCAGACACAACAAAACAAAGAAUCGUGAAAGAAUGAGAAAAGAAUAUGGACUUUCGCGUAUAGUUCACUAGAUAAACAUGUCCUUUCAACUUAUUUAGUGUGUUUGCUUUGCAGAUGGAUGCUUGUGUGACAUUUUACUGACGAGAAGAUGCGCUCAGAUAUUAAAAGACUAUUAACCCGGCUCGCUUUUACUAAGCGGGGCGAAAACAGUAAAUCUUAUAUAUACACGGUCAAAGUCGGUGUCCGAACGCAGUGUAUAAAAACCAGGAAUCCUCUCCUCUCAUCGUGUAAAACCCAAACAAAUGUAUUAAAUAUUUAUAUAUGAUGUAACAUUUUUAUAAAUAAAAGUUUCUGUUUAAAAAAAAAA